GCAGCCGCGGCGGCUUGGGAGAGAGGGGCGCGGGCAGCGGGCACGAUGCUCGGCCUGAGGACGCGUCCGACGGCGGCUGGGCGCUGAGCCGGGCGGGGCGGGGCGGGGCGGCCCAGCCCCGGGCAUGGAGCGCUGGGGUGCAGAGCCUCGGGACGUUUGGGGCGCGCCUCGUCCGAUCCCGCGGCGCGCCUGAAGUUGCUCCAGCGAGCGGGCGGCCGGAGGGGACCCAGGAGCAGCCGGUUUGCCGCGGAGAGCCUUCGCGCCGGCGGCGAGACACGGCGGUGGCCAGGGCCAGAGCAGGCGGCCCGCGGGGCCGAUCCGGUGGAGAGCAGAGCCCGAGGCGCGGCGCGGCGCCGCUCCGCACACGCACACGGAACCAUGAGGUGCCACGUUGCUACCAGCUGCCACGUGGUCUGGCUUUUUGUGCUGAUCUCUGGAUGCUGGGGCCAGGUGAACCGGCUGCCCUUCUUCACCAACCACUUCUUUGACACAUACCUGCUGAUCAGCGAGGACACACCUGUGGGUUCCUCUGUGACCCAGUUGCUGGCCCGGGACAUGGACAAUGACCCCCUGGUGUUUGGUGUGUCUGGGGAAGAGGCCUCUCGUUUCUUUGCUGUGGAGCCUGACACUGGUGUGGUGUGGCUCCGGCAGCCACUGGACAGAGAGACCAAGUCAGAGUUCACAGUGGAGUUCUCUGUCAGCGAUCACCAGGGGGUGAUCACACGGAAAGUGAACAUCCAGGUCGGAGAUGUGAACGACAACGCACCCACAUUUCACAAUCAGCCCUACAGUGUCCGCAUCCCUGAGAACACACCAGUGGGUACGCCCAUCUUCAUCGUGAAUGCCACGGACCCCGACCUGGGUGCAGGUGGCAGUGUCCUCUACUCCUUCCAGCCCCCCUCCCAGUUCUUCGCCAUCGACAGUGCCCGUGGCAUUGUCACAGUGAUCCGGGAGCUGGACUAUGAGACCACACAGGCCUAUCAGCUCACAGUCAACGCCACGGAUCAAGACAAGACCAGACCUCUGUCUACCCUGGCCAACUUAGCCAUCAUCAUCACAGACGUCCAGGACAUGGACCCCAUCUUCAUCAACCUGCCUUACAGCACCAACAUCUAUGAGCAUUCUCCUCCGGGCACCACAGUGCGCAUUAUCACUGCCAUCGACCAGGAUAAAGGACGUCCCCGGGGGAUUGGCUACACCAUCGUUUCAGGGAAUACCAACAGCAUCUUUGCCCUGGACUACAUCAGUGGGGCAUUGACCUUGAAUGGCCUGCUGGACCGGGAGAACCCCCUGUAUAGCCAUGGCUUCAUCUUGACCGUGAAGGGCACAGAGCUGAAUGAUGACCGCACCCCAUCUGAUGCCACAGUCACUACGACCUUCAAUAUCCUGGUUAUUGACAUCAAUGACAACGCGCCAGAGUUCAACAGCUCUGAGUACAGUGUGGCCAUCACUGAGCUGGCACAGGUCGGCUUUGCCCUUCCCCUCUUCAUCCAGGUGGUGGACAAGGAUGAGAAUUUGGGCCUGAACAGCAUGUUCGAGGUAUACCUGGUGGGGAACAACUCCCACCACUUCAUCAUCUCCCCCACCUCCGUCCAAGGAAAGGCAGACAUUCGCAUACGGGUGGCCAUCCCACUGGACUAUGAGACCGUGGACCGCUACGACUUUGACCUCUUUGCCAAUGAGAGUGUGCCGGACCAUGUGGGCUAUGCCAAGGUGAAGAUCGCCCUCAUCAACGAGAAUGACAACCGGCCUAUCUUCAGCCAGCCACUGUACAAUGUCAGCUUAUACGAGAAUAUCACCGUGGGAACCUCUGUGCUGACAGUCCUGGCAACAGACAACGAUGUGGGCACUUUUGGGGAAGUCAGCUACUUCUUCAGUGAUGACCCUGACAGGUUCUCCCUGGACAAGGACACGGGCCUCAUCGUGCUGAUAGCCAGGCUGGACUACGAGCUCAUCCAGCGCUUCACCUUGACGGUCAUCGCCCGGGACGGGGGCGGCGAGGAGACCACGGGCCGGGUCAGGGUCAACGUGUUAGAUGUCAAUGACAAUGUGCCCACGUUCCAGAAGGACGCCUACGUGGGUGCCCUGAGAGAGAAUGAGCCUUCUGUCACGCAGCUGGUGCGGCUCCGGGCCACAGAUGAAGACUCCCCUCCCAACAACCAGAUCACCUACAGCAUCAUCAAUGCUUCUGCCUUUGGCAGCUACUUUGACAUCAGCGUGUACGAGGGUUAUGGAGUCAUCAGUGUGAGCCGCCCUCUGGAUUACGAACAGAUCCCCAAUGGGCUGAUAUAUCUAACUGUCAUGGCCAAAGACGCUGGCAACCCCCCUCUUAAUAGCACCGUGCCUGUCACCAUCGAGGUGUUUGAUGAGAAUGACAACCCUCCUACCUUCAGCAAACCUGCCUACUUCGUCUCUGUGGUGGAGAACAUCAUGGCAGGAGCCACAGUGCUGUUCCUGAAUGCCACGGACCUGGACCGCUCCCGGGAGUACGGCCAGGAGUCCAUCAUCUACUCUCUGGAGGGCUCCUCCCAGUUCCGGAUCAACGCCCGUUCAGGGGAGAUCACCACCACGUCUCUGCUGGACCGAGAGACCAAGUCUGAGUACAUCCUCAUCGUUCGGGCCAUGGAUGGGGGUGUGGGCCACAACCAGAAAACCGGCAUCGCCACCGUGAACAUCACGCUCCUGGACAUCAAUGACAACCACCCCACCUGGAAGGAUGCUCCCUACUACAUCAACCUGGUAGAGAUGACGCCUCCAGACUCUGAUGUGACUACGGUAGUGGCUGUGGACCCGGACCUGGGGGAGAAUGGCACCCUGGUGUACAGCAUCCAGCCGCCCAACAAGUUCUACAGCCUCAACAGCACCACGGGCAAGAUCCGCACCAGCCACGUCAUGCUGGACCGGGAGAACCCUGAUCCGCACGAGGCGGAGCUGAUGCGCAAGAUCAUUGUCUCCGUCACUGACUGUGGCAGGCCCCCCCUGAGAGCCACUAGCAGUGCCACAGUGUUCGUGAACCUCUUAGACCUCAAUGACAACGACCCCACCUUUCAGAACCUACCUUUUGUGGCUGAAGUGCUCGAAGGUACCCCCGCAGGGGUCUCCGUCUACCAAGUGCUGGCCAUCGACCUGGACGAGGGCUUGAAUGGGCUGGUGUCCUACCGCAUGCAGGUGGGGAUGCCCCGCAUGGACUUCCUCAUCAACAGCAGUAGCGGAGUGGUGGUCACCACCACUGAGCUGGACCGCGAGCGCAUCGCCGAGUACCAGCUGCGGGUAGUGGCCACCGACGCGGGCACGCCCACCAAGAGCUCCACCAGCACUCUCACCAUCCGCGUGCUGGACGUGAAUGACGAGACGCCCACCUUCUUCCCGGCCAUGUACAACGUGUCAGUGUCUGAGGACGUGCCGCGUGACUUCCGGGUGGUCUGGCUGAACUGCACAGACAAUGACGUGGGCCUCAAUGCUGAGCUCAGCUACUUUAUCACAGGUACUGUUCUUGCCUUCAUUCAACCCUCCCAGGGCCCUGCCUCCACUCCUCCCAGACACAGAGCCAGAUGAUGUGGGGGCAGGUGAGGGUGGGAAGGAGGCCAUGUUUCUACCAUCAGGCUCUAGCCUCUGCUGGUGCCUCCCUGCGGAUUCACUCUAGGCUUUUCCCAAGGGCUUUGCAGCUAGAUCGUGCUGGUCUAGCACCCUGGUGACCUCCUGAACCUGUUGGCUGCAGGGAUGGGGAGGAUCUACCAAGAUUCAUUCUGGAGGGAGGUGGAACCAGUGCAUCCUGCAGAGGAGUCCUGACCACCACUCCCCCCUAAGUCAGGGUCACGAAGCAGUGACUAGAGGGAUGUGGCCCGUUCUUCCCCGAAGAUUCUUUACUCAUGAGCAGAGGUCCCAUCUGUUUAGAGGCAGAUGCUGUAGAUCUCCCUAAACCAAGUGGUUUUAGCU